AUGGGAUUCGAUGGUUUGGGUCUUAGCCAUUGUAUACUAGAUUAUUUGAACACUAAUGGAUUUAUUGAGCCCACUGAAAUUCAAAAAGUGUCGAUACCAGCACUAAUCCACGAUUAUAACGAUGUAAUAGUACAAGCUGAAACCGGCUCCGGCAAAACUCUAUGCUUCUUACUCCCUUUAAUGGAGUUAUAUCUUAAAUUUGACAUUAGCGGGAUUCCUUUUGGCGAAAAAUUCAAUGUGUUUUCAUUAAUCAUAGCCCCUACUCGUGAAUUGGCCUUUCAAAUAUUUAACACCCUUGAUGGUAUAUGCAAGUUUUUGGACUCUAAAAAUGAAAGCAAAAAAUUAUUACCUAUACUUUUUCGAGGUGGUAAAUCUGCUGCAAAAGAACGUGCUCAUAUCGAUGCAGUUUCAAAACUGUCUCAAAUGGGCGCAAUAAUUUCAACGCCUGGAAAAUUAUCCAAUUUAUUUAAUGUGAUUACAAAUUGGACUUUUAAAAAUCUACAUUUGUUCAUAAUAGAUGAAGCAGAUCGGCUGAUGGAGAUGAAUUUCGAUGUAGAGUUGGAAAUUAUUUUAAGACGUUUGCCUAAACAACGUAAAAAUGCUGUUUACUCGGCAACAAUAUCGUCACUAUCUGAAAGAUUAUAUCGAAUAGGUCUUAAAGAUUGGAAAUUACACUCAGUAUCAAGUAAUAUUGUGAAUAGCAAUACUUGCUAUGGGGUUAUGGAUAAAUUGCAUUCCAUAGAUAAUUUGUCAAAAAUAUCAAGUGGAUCAGAAAAAAUUCCAGCAGGGCUUACUAAUUACUAUUCCAUUGUAAAUAUGACUGACAAAUUUGAUUAUUUACAUAAGUUUAUCAGCCAUUUAUUAUAUACUGGGGCUAACAAAUGCAUAAUGUUUUUCCUAACAUGCGAUUUUGUGGAUUACAUUAAUAUGGCAUUAGAUAAACUGAAUCCAAAAUUCAAGUUGAUAAAAAUUCAUCGCAAAAUGAAUCAAAGAGAUCGCGAGUUAGCCUUUAAGGAGUUUAAACAAACCACUAAUCAAUUAACAAUUUUAUUAGCCACAGAUUUAUUUUCUCGUGGCAUUGAUGUACAAAAUGUGGAUUGGAUCUUCCAAUUUGAUGCUCCUCAGGAUCCUAGUAUAUAUCUUCACAGGUCUGGGAGAACAGCCAGAGCUGGCUCAACUGGUUAUUCGAUCAUACUGUUGGAUAAUAAUGAAAUUAGUUUCAUCGAAUUCAUUAAAUCUAAAAAUGUAGACUUAAUUCAGUGGAAUUUUGAAGAUUUCACAUCCGGUGCCAAUCCAUUUGGGGAGACUAUAAAUACAUCAAUACCUACAUUACUUAGAUCAAUUGCUGAAAAGGACAGGCAAUUCAUGCUAAGUGCCAAUAAGGCCUUUGUAUCAUAUGUACGUGCCUAUUCGGAACAUAUACUGAAAUAUACCUUUAAUAUAUCCGUAUGUGACUUGGGAGGCCUAGCUACAUUACUGGGUGUACUAAGGAUGCCAAGGGUUAAGGAAAUUUUAGGUCGCAAAUUCAACUUUACUCCUAGUCUAGUAAACCCUAAAUCUGUUCCAUUCUUAUGUGCUGAAAUGGAAGCAAAAAGGUUGAAAGAAUUAGAAGAAAAUGAGGCAAAUAAUAGUAGACUUAAUUCUCUCAAAAAUGAGAUAAAAAAUGUAUCGCAAGACAAAUAUACAAGGAAAAAGAAGGGAAAUGGCAAAACGAAGAAAAAUAGAACCAGAUCGGAAAAAAGAAAUGCCAAAAGGAACGAAAUGAACGUUGAAUGGUUGGAAUUCUCCAGAGAAGAGAAUUUAGUUAAAAAAUUGAAGAAAGGGAAAAUUUCAAAGGACUUAUUCGACAAAUUAACUUCAUAG